AUGAUAAAGUUAUUUUUAUCAAAAAGAUACAAAGUUUUAACGCUCUUCCUUUUUUUGUUAAUUCUGAUAUUAAAUGAAGUUACAAGAACUUUAUGUAAUAAGAAAGGAAGCGCAUUAUAUGGGGGAAAAACAAGCUCGUUAAGUAGUGGGCAGCUAAAGCCGUUAAACAAUUGGCAAAAAUCGAGGGUACAUUAUUAUGAAGGUAAACAUAAGAGGGAGAAGAAAGAUAGGGUGAAGCUAUUUAUCUUAUAUAAAAAUCCUAAGAAUGGAGGAGUACUUAUCCCACAAAACAGAAGAAAAAAUAAAGUAAAUAUCUUUCGCUUAAAAUUAAAUAAUUUGUGUUCUAGAAAAGAUGUCAAAUUAGAAAAUUAUAGAAAUAUAGGUAUUAUUGCACAUAUAGAUGCUGGGAAAACAACAACGACAGAACGAAUAUUAUAUUAUACAAAUGUAAUUAAGAAGAUAGGAGAAGUACAUGAAGGGUUAUCAACAAUGGAUUAUCUUGAUAUAGAAAGAGAAAAGGGUAUAACGAUUAAUGCUGCUGUUACUACUUGUUAUUGGAAUGGCAGUGAAAAAAAUUUAGAUGAAUAUAGGAUAAAUAUAAUUGAUACACCAGGGCAUGUUGAUUUCACUGCAGAAGUAGAAAAGAGCUUACGAGUUUUAGAUGGUGGAGUUGUUGUAUUUGAUAGUAGUGAGGGUGUAGAAUCUCAGUCAGAGACGGUUUGGAAACAAGCUAACAGAUAUAAUAUUAGUAGAAUUAUAUUUUUAAAUAAAUUAGACAAAGUGGGAGCUAAUUUUGAUUCUUGUAUUGAAGAAAUAAAAAGAAAAUUAAAUAAAAAAAUAUUAAUAUUAUAUGUACCAGUUUUUGAGAUGAGUAAUUUUAUUAGUACUAUUGAUAUAUUAAAAGAAAAAAUGAUUGUAUAUAAAAACUCUCACAAUUUUGUUUUUGAAGAUAUUCCAAAGGUACAUUAUAAUUUAUUUUUAAAAUAUAAAAAUUUAUUAUAUGAACAGAUUGCAGAAAAUUUUAAUCUAUUUCUUAACAAUUAUUUAAAUGAUAAGCCUAUGGAAGUGGAAGAAAUUGAAGAGUACAUUAGAAAAUUAGUCGUAGAACAAAAAUAUAAUGUAGUUAUGUGCGGGUCAGCUUUAAAAAACAAAAACAUACAUAUGUUACUGGAUCUUGUAGUUAAAUACUUACCUUCUCCUAUAGACUCAAUUCAGAAUUAUAAGAAACAAAUAAUAUACAAAUAUGAUGUUAGUAAAAGAGGGGAAAAGCUGCUGCGUGUCCAACUCAAUGCGGAUAAGACUGGAAAAGCAGGAGAUGUCUACACAGGUAAACCUUCAGACAAUGAAGUUCAGAAUGGUCAUAUAAGUGAGAAAGAGGGCAUAAAGAAGGGUACUGCAGAGAAAAAAGUGAGCAUUGGUAGUAGCGGUAUCAGUGACCACAGCACUGACGGUGCCGACAAUUGCAGCAACGAUUACAGCAGCCAUAGCAGCAUGGAAAAGAAGAAAAGGAGCACAGCGUGCACAGGUAACAAGACAGAGAAUUUCGAGACUAAUGGGAAGGCAGAAAUAGAUCCUAGCCACCAAAUAUCAGAAGAGUUAAACGAAUUAAAUAUAAAAAAUUAUAAGAGAAAAGUUGUAGGGCUAAUAUACAAAAUUAUGAAUGACCAACAUUUGGGAAAUAUUAAUUAUGUUCGUAUAUAUGAAGGUCAAAUAAAUAGAGGAGAUUAUAUAUAUAAUAAUAGAACAAAAAAGAGCGAAAAAAUAUCUAAAAUAUUUUUUAUACAUUCUAGUGAAAAAUAUGAAUUAGAAAAUGCACGUGUAGGUGAUAUUGUGGGACUUGUUGGGUUAAAAGAUACCCAAAUUGGUGAUACUUUAAGUAAUGUAUUUUUAAGAGCAGAGUUAAAAAAAAUUAAAGAUAUUCCACCAAUUAUAAGUUUUUAUAUAUAUAAUAAAAAUAAAAAUGAGUAUGAAAAAUUAAUUAAUGCAUUAAUUAAAAUUAGAAAAGAAGAUCAUUCUUUUUUUUUUCACAUAAAUCAGGACACAAAAGAUUUACUUAUUAGUGGUGUUGGAGAAUUGCAUUUACAAAUUAUAAUUAAUAAAAUUCAGAAAGAAUUUAAUAUUCCAAUAAUAUAUGGACAACCUCAAAUAUCUUAUAAAGAAACAUUUACGGAAAAUGUUGAAGCCAGAGGAAAGUAUAUUAAACAGUCAGGAGGUAGAGGACAGUAUGGAGAUGUACACAUCAAAAUUGAACCCAUGUAUAAUUAUUCGGACGAAGAAGACGCCGAUGAAGAUAAUGCUAGUGUUAGUGAUAAUAAUUAUAAGGAUGAAGAAUAUGUAAAUGGUGAGAAUGGAAAUAAUAACAAAAAUUUGGAUAAAAAUAGUAUGAAUAUUGAUACAUCAGAAGUUAAUAAUAAUAUUAUUAUAAAGAAUGAAAUAACAUGUGGAGCAAUCCCGUCUGUGUAUUUUGAUGCAAUAUAUACAGGUAUAAGGGAACAGUGUAAUUUAGGGGUCCUUUUUAAUUCCCCUUUAAUAAAUAUUAUUAUUAGAAUUGUCGAUGGAUCAUUUCAUCCCGUUGAUAGUAAUGAACAUGCAUUUAAAUUGGCAGCUGGGUUAGCUAUCAGAGAAGCAGCAAGGAAAGUGACCAUUAGGCUCCUGGAGCCCAUGAUGAAUCUGAAUGUGUCAGUGCCUACGGAAUAUUUAGGUGAUGUAAUUAGCGAUUUAGUUAAAAAAAGGGGAAAAAUACAACAUGUGGAUGAAAGUGAUGAAUUUACCAAAGAAAUAUUCGCCCGAGCUCCCAUGGCCUCCAUUUUGUCGUAUGUUAGUGACCUACGGAAAAUAACUAAAGGAAGAGGAAAUUACACUAUGACACUUCACAAGUAUUCAUUAGUACCACAGUACAUACAGGAACAAAUAUUACAAAAGAAGGAGUAA